CCAAUGCGUCAAAAAACCUUGUCAAAAUGGAGGAAUCUGCACCGAAAAUGGAAACAAUUCGCGCAGUUGCGAAUGCACCGCUGGAUAUUCUGGAGAAAAUUGUGAAAAAAAGCUUCCAUGUCCUCCUGGCAAAAAAACGGACAAUCACCAAGGAGCCUGCUGUGUUUUCCCUUUUAUCUAUAAAGGAACGACCUACAACGCUUGUACCAUGGCCGAUUAUAGCCGAUUGUGGUGUUCCCUUACUGCUAUAUACAGUACACCUUGGGCUAACUGCGUCGGUCCAUGCGACAAGAACCCUUGCCUAAAUGGAGGGUUCUGCACAGCAACCAAAAACGACUCGUACAACUGCAAAUGUGCUGGGGGAUAUUCUGGAGAAAAUUGCGAAAUAGCGGGCCCGUGCGCCAAGAAACCUUGUCAAAAUGGAGGAAUCUGCACCGAAACUGGAAACAAUUCGCGCAGUUGCGAAUGUGCCGCUGGAUAUUCUGGCGAAAAUUGUGAAAAAAAGCUGCCAUGUCCUCCUGGCAAAAAAACCGACAAUCACCAAGGUGCCUGCUGUGUAUUUCCUUUUAUCUAUAAAGGAACGACCUACAACGCUUGUACCAUGGCCGAUUACAGCCGAUUGUGGUGUUCACUUACUCCCACUUACAGUUCAUCUUGGGCUAACUGCGUCGCUCCAUGCCACAAGAACCCUUGCCUAAAUGGAGGGGUCUGUACAGAUACCAAAAACGACUCGUACAACUGCAAAUGCACUGGGGGAUAUUCUGGAAACAAUUGUGAAAUAGCAGGCCCAUGCGCUAAGAAACCUUGUCAAAAUGGAGGAAUCUGCAGCAAAACUGGAAACAAUUCGCGCAGUUGCGAAUGUGCCGCUGGGUAUUCUGGAGAAAAUUGUGAAAAAAAGCUGCCAUGUCCGCCUGGCAAAAAAACCGACAACCACCAAGGUGCGUGUUGUGUUUUCCCUUUUACCUAUGGAGGAACGACCUACAGCACUUGUACCAUGGCCGCUCAUAACCGAUUGUGGUGUUCGCUUACUGCUACUUACAGUGGAUCUUGGGCUAACUGCGUCGGUCCAUGCCACAAGAACCCUUGCUUGAAUGGGGGAGUCUGCACAAAAACCAGAAAUGACUCGUACAACUGCAAAUGUGCUGGGGGAUAUUCUGGAGACAAUUGUGAAAUAGUGGGAUUAUGCGCCAAGAAACCUUGUCAAAAUGGAGGAAUCUGCACCCAAACUGGAAAUAAUUCGCGCAGUUGCGAAUGUGCCGCUGGAUAUUCUGGACAAAAUUGUGAAAAAAAGCUGCCAUGUCCACCUGGAAAAAAAACCCACAAUCCGCAGGGUGCCUGCUGUGUUUUUCCUUUUACCUAUGGAGGAACGACCUACAACGCUUGUACCAUGGCUGCUCAUAGCCAAUUGUGGUGUUCACUCACUGCUACUUACAGUGGAUCGUGGGCUAACUGCGUCGGUCCAUGCCACAAGAACCCUUGCCUAAAUGGAGGGGUCUGUACAGAAACCAAAAACGACUCGUACAACUGCAAAUGUGCAGGGGGAUAUUCUGGAGACAAUUGUGAAACAGCAGGCCCAUGCGCCAAGAGACCUUGUCAAAAUGGAGGAAUCUGCACCAAAACUGGAAACAAUUCGCGCACUUGCGAAUGCAUCGCUGAAUAUUCUGGAGAAAACUGUGAAAAAAAGCUGCCAUGUCCCCCUGGCAGAAGAACCGACAAUACCCAAGGUGCCUGCUGUACUUUUCCUUUUACCUACGGAGGAAUGACUUACAACGCCUGUACCAUGGUCGAUCAUAGCCAAUUGUGGUGUACACUUAAGGCAGGCUACAGUCGAUCUUGGGCUAACUGCG